GAAAUCUCGCGACAAACUGUGAGCGUCUAGAUAAUCGUGAAAAGUUACGUACUUUAUUCAUUUUACCGUGCGUAUCUUCCCAAAUUAACGCUCGCUGGCGGCAUACUAACGCAUCGCGUACCGUAGUUUGAUCGUAAAACUAGCUCGUGUGUCCGCCAUACUAUAGAAGCAAAAGUGAAGCCGGUUUGCAUUUGGCGACCCAGGAUAGCAAAAACGGAAGCGGAACCUGCGUACAGACGGCAAUACCCGCUUUUACUGGAAUUCCGAAAGGAAGUGCUAUCUGCCCCAUCAAACACCGUACAAUACGAGCAUUCACCUCUCAAUCGUGUUUGAGGAAGGCAGAUUCUUUGUUUCCUUCGUACCGUAUUCUUUUUAUCAGUCAAUUGUUUCGCCUGCUGUGUGACAGACGCGCCGCAAUCACUUUAGAAGAGCUGUAUAGAAGUUAAACAGUCAUAAAUAUUUUAAGUAGCGCACAUUCAGACGCACGGAUAUCAAUAUCCCGAUAUACACAAAGUCUGAUACGACUUCAGGCAAAUUGCGCACCAAUAUUCUUCACCGGAAAUCCCGUUUUUCGGCGAGAACACCCGUAUACACCAAGUACCGCGUGACGACCUGUGCAAUGUUAUGCUAAUUUUCGCCAUCAUCAGCACAGUUCAGUUCGCUGGUUUUUUGCAACGUUUUUGUUUGCAAAAUUGGUGCAACGUCGAUCAGCCGACUGGGAGGAGAAGUGAUAGCCAGAAACCUUUGUGACGUUUAGCUCUUCCCAGACCAUCGGCAACGACAGUCGCUGAUUCAUUGCUGGGAACCAUCGAAACAACAAUUGAGGCCAACAUGGAAUCCGAUAGUACCGCGAUGAGCGGGAAUAAAAUAUUCCGUUUCACUUCGGAAGAGAAUCAACAUUCCUUCAAGGCGUCCGAUAAGAACAUCACAGUGAUGUGCAGUGGAGGCGCGCAUGAUCGCGGCAGCUCAAAGAUCAAGCUGGACAACGUCGUCAACUACAAGUGGGAGGUGAAACACUAUCCCGGGCGUUUGAUAGCGUGCCACAAGGAGGGUCAACUGCUGGCAUACGCGCUCACAGUGGUGAAGUUGCAGAAACCCGAAGGAAUGGUCCGGGUAGCGUCGCUGCAGCUAUCCCAAAGAGCACUCAUCAGGGGGUUAUCGGAAAUGUUGGACAUUCAGUUCGCCCACACUACACACCCCGACUAUCUGCUGGGGAUUAUCGAACGAUCGAACCUGCAAGUGUACCAGGUACUGAUUAACGGCACGGAGUUGACGACAUCGCUGAAGGUGAAAAUCGUCGAUCCGCUCGAGGGCCACGUACCAGAAUACGACCGGAUCAACUGGUGUCCGUACCUGCGAGAGAACGACUACGAGAUCGACGACUUUGCCAGCCAGCUGCUCGUGUGGACGCGCGGUUCCACCUUCCAGUGUUACAGUAUUAGUAAGCUGUCAAAAACCUACGGAGAGUCGGUCAACCUAAAGGCCGUCGAUAUAGACGAGGGUGGCUUUAAGGCAAGCGAUGGUGAUGCGACCAUUACCGGAAGCGUAUACUCCGCCGACGGAACGACGUUAGCGCUGAGCUCGAUGGAUGGUAUGAUCCGGUUCUAUCAGGUGUACCAGCACGCAAACAAUUGUACGCCGCGCCGCUUGCACCAGUGGAAACCGCACGGUGGCCGAUCGGUGAGCUCGUUCUUCUUCCUGGACAACUACACCGAAACGGUGGAUAACGAUAAGGUGCUUUGGAAGAACGUGAUCACCUGCGCGGACAACAACACCGAAAUCCGGGUGUGGUGCUGCGAAUCCUGGGAGUGUUUGCAAACGAUUCGGCUCGAGUCGCCCAUGGUGCAGCCGCUUAACUUUAAGGCAGAAAUCGAUUUGUCCUCAUCGUUUCUGGUCCUGUCCGAUAUGAACACCCGGCAAAUCUACGUGCUGCAGAUACGCAAAGGUCAGUCGUCGAGUAGCUCUGCCCUGCCGUCCCCUGCAUCGUCUUCAGCCCGCGAUCAGGCAUCUGGAGAACCGCAGUGGAAAUCACGCACAGCAAGUCUCGCCCGGGGAAAGGUGAACCGGCGUGUGGAUCAGUCGUCGAUCAAACCGUACAUCGUGUCCAUCGCCGAGUACCCUAUAUCGACGAUGAUUCUGGGCUUUGGCAUUCUGUGGGCACGCGUUGGUAACUGUUUCCAGCGCGAGCAAGACGACGAAGACGAGGACCAGUCGCUACCGAGCUGCAUCGUGAUCCGGAUGUUUCUGGUGCAACCAAGCAGCAUGCAGGACUGCACGCUCGUGUACGACCCGGUAGAUGAAAGCGAGUGUGAACCACUGGCGAUCGAUGCCGGAGAUGACGUGAACACCAACGACUGUGAAGUCGAAGACGGUAACGAAAUGCAAUCCCCACAGUCGUCGGGCUCCUCGGUUUCGUCAUCGUCGUCCGCGGCAUCAUCGUCUGCCGAGACGACGGACAACAACUUGUCUCAUCCGCCCUCCGAAGCUAGCGACCAAUCGGUUGAACGGGAGUCUAAGGUUGUACUGACUGCUAUGUCAGCGCCGAAAGCAUCGGCUGAAGAAAGCUCUGAUGGAAGUGGAAGCAACGCCGGUAGCCGAAAAGAUGACGAGGAAGAGGAGGGUAGUCCCGGUCCGGCGACCAAUCUACUGAUGCUAAAAAUGGCCGAAGCGGCCCAAAAACUGAACGAUAAGAAUAAGCCGGCCAGUGGUUCCCCACCGGACGCGAAUACCAGCGCCAGCGGUGGGAUCAACAGUGGUCCUACGACUCCGGCCAGCACUACUGCAAAGGUUAAUCUCAUGACUCCGGACUCGUUCAGCACGCCAAGCGGUCGAGGCAGCCGAUCGGCGAACGACAGCGGCAGCAACGUUUGGCCGCCGCAAAAGGACGUACGUAUCAUAAACCUUUCCGAGGUGCCCUACCCGGAGGUGGAAACGCUCAUGAGCCAGCUCGAUACCAGGCGACGGGGUAGAGGCCGGGGGGCCAGGGCAUCAAAAAUCGCCUCAACGGAAACCGCUGCGACCAUCGGUACGUCGUCGAGAAAGAAUGAUUCGUCCGCCAGCAGCACGGCCAGUGCGAACGGGGCGAGUGUCUGCAGUAGCCGUGACGGCAGUAGUGGAGAGGGAGAAGGAGCCGGAGGGAACAAUACCAGCGUCGCGUCGAUAGCUGGUUCCGAACGGAUCGCCAACAUCACCGACGAUCCCGACGAGGAAGAUGAUCAAAUCAGGGAGGAGCAGCAGGAGGAAGAUGGGGAGAAUCGUGCCGUAGGUGGAGAAGACGAUCCAAGGGUUGUGACGGCGAAGCGGAAGGAGAAAAGCGCCGCCAGAAGAUUGGCGGCAGGGUUGGGCAAUGGUGAUGGUGACGCUGGGUCUACCGAGUCACCGAAGAAUACGUACCGGAGCGUGCGUAACGUUACGAGCACUUCUACCGUGCUAAGUGUGGAACAUUUCACUAAAAUACUCACACUAGACGAGGCAGAACCACGGACCGCUAGAGAAAAGAACAAAAGCGACGAAACGGUCAAUCCGAACGUUCUCAACACACUGCUGAUGCUUGCGAACGCUACCAAACAGCGCCAACCAGCCCAGAAGGUCGUUGAGAUGGUUUCGUCUUCCGUAACGCUAAAGGGGACCACGGUCAGCGGCGCCCCGCAGGCAAGACCUGCGAACGAUAUGCAGGCAUUCGUCAAUAUGAUGAACAGCCUGACGCUCAAUAAGGAGGCGGUCAUGUCGAGCGGUAAACUGCCCGAAUCAUCCAACGGACCGUUGGAUGGAGCGGAAGGAGGAAUUCCACCGGAAAUCCCACCAAUGCCAUCGGCUGACAUGUUGGCAAGCGGUGGUUCAAGUCCAAGCCGUGAAGUGCAGGAAAUUAUGUCCACCAAGGGGUCGGGAUUGAACCUCAUGGUGGACGAUCUGCUGCAUUUUGUCUACACGCCGGGGCAGCGAAAGCCGAGCGCAUUGGAUGAUGAAGAGGAAGAGGAAGUGGAGGAGGCAGGUGUGGAUGUGGACGAUGGUGGUAAUGCUGGUGGUGGUGGACAGGGUGUCACAACCCAUACUGUGAGUGACAGUCGGUACGCCGAAGAGGAGGGCGUUGUUCGAGUGGCAUCGAAUGGGCCACAAGAGGAGAAGCUUGAACCAAGCGAUAACAAUGAGAAACUUGGCGAUGGUGAGGAAAUUGGAAAUAAGAUUCUAGUUACCUCCGAAGGAGCAACCUCCUCCACGGUGGAUAUCGAUGGACUGCAGAAUGCAAGUGCCGUUCCCACCAUCGACGGGGAAUCGAAGAAACCGACGGUAGCACCAUUCUGGCCCUCGGUGCCAUUAGCCACCACUGCUACCGUUUCUGACUCGUCCAAACAAACACUCGAAGCACUCACCGACAAGAUGGACCGCAUGAUGGAGCUGCUGCUCGCUCAGUCUUGCCGGAUGGAAGAGAUGAACGGUCAGCUGGAAGCGAUGAAGAAAGCGAAAAAUGACGAACAUCGGCGCUACAGUACGCUCAUCAACCGCUUUCAGCAGACUAUACCGAAAACCAUCGAAACGCAAAUUAAUAACUGCCUCGUACAACACACAGUCCGGCUCGAGCAUACGAUUCAGUCGUGCUUCGGCAAACAACAGGCACUGCUGACCGAAGCGCUGAAGAACUCAAUUGUACAGGCUCUUCUGGCCCAGCUGCCCGAGCAACUUUCGGUCCAUCUGGUGCGCGAUUUGCACCUUAAAAUACUGGUCCCGAUCGGUGGCAAGCUUGAUGUUGUUCAGCGCGGAUUAACUGAUGAAAUCGCGCACCGGCUGGCGACGUUAGAAGAUCCGCUGAAGAACGCCAUCACACGAACGUUGCGAGCGGAGCAAUUCCACAAUGCUAUAGCUAUAAACGUGAAACGUGAUUUGAAGCAGCAAUUUGAUGAAGCCUACAACGAUUCGUUGCGCAAUACUGUUAUACCGAGGUACGAAAAGGUCCACCAGGAAUUGUUCCGUCAGGCUAAUCUCUGCUUCACGGAAGGCGUAAAAGAAUUAAUGCGUAAGAUCGAUGAACACAUAGGGCGUGUUGCACAAACGCACGAGCGCACCAACGAGGUAGCGGACUUGCUCCGUAAGAUCCCGGAUGAGAUAGCCGUCAAGGGAGAACGGGUGACAUCCAACACCCUGCGGGUGAUCCGCGAGCACCUGGAGAAGGACAUUAAGGGUCUGCAUACGCCACUGAUGAAGACGAUCCGCGAAAACAUUCGACAGGAGAUCGAGAAGGGCUUCGAAGCGCAGGCCUCUUGCCUGGAGGAUUCGGUGCUGUCGGUCGUUCGGUCGCAGGCCCAGACACCCGCACCGACCGGGAUUGAAGUGCAAGAUCAGAUCAAGAAAUAUCUCAAAGCCGAUCAGAUCAACCUAGCCUUCCACAUGGCGCUAGCGUCGAACGAACUGAGUGUGGUAGAGUUCCUGCUCGAGCGUGCCGAUCCUAAGAAGGUGUUCGACCCUUGUCCCCUCGAGCAGACAGUGCUCCUGUCGCUGAUCCAGCAGAUAUCCGCCGACAUGUCCAACCACAAUGAACUCAAGCAUAAAUAUCUUGACGAUGCAAUCGUCAGUCUCAAUCUAGACGAUCCGGUCACACAGGAACACUCACCGAAGGUGAUGCAGGAGCUGAUCGCCAACUGUCAGACGUUCAUCACCGCUAACCCGUUGAAUCCGCUCUGCGGCAAACUCAAGAUGCUCAUGUUUGCCGCUAAGUAUAUCAGCGGCGAGCAAAUCUGAUAUCUGCUAACGUAGCGUCGUCGGCACAAAAAGCGACAAAGGCGAAAAAAAGGACAACCCUGCAAGACUGAUGGCACCUGAACGGAUUCAAACCAUCUUCGCACCAUGGGCGCGACAAAACAAAACAUACAAGCAAUCGAACCACAUUUCUAAUCCUCUUUUUUAAUACUUUUGACCUUUAACAACACCCUUUUCUUGACCUACAACUUUUGCUCUUCCUUUGAAUUUAUACUCCUUUUUUGAAACAGGAGACGAAAAUUGGUGAUUAUGAAUUUAAAACGGACACAAACAUGAAAACAAAGACAUUUCGGCAGUCCAAGCACCACG